GGGUCACAAAUUCACCCCAAAGCAUGCCCCUUUUUCCAAUUAUUAUUAAAGUUUCCACACUCUACCCUUCACCUAAUCUUCCUCUAUUUCAUUACUCACCCUAAUCAACACACAUGACCUCCAGCUCUCAUAAUUUUGUUUUACACUCAACCCACUUCCUCAAAUCCCUCUAACCUCAAAUCCCUUUAAUAUCUUCCUUCAAUUCCACUUUUUGCACCCAAUUCGAAAUGGGUAAUCGGUUUAGUUGCAAAACAAAGAGUACCCAUAAUAAUGGGUCGAAGAGUAGCCGGAGAUUUGCCGGUGGAAAUCGGUCGCAGAGGAAGCUGCAGACCGAUGAAGAGCUGCUGCAUAUGCAAGCUCUUUCGUUAGCAAUUCAACAUCAUCAAGCGUCUCAACGGUUUGAAGGGUCCAUGUCUCGUAGGAUUGGAUCCACUAGCUCUCGUCGCAAGAGUAAUCCUGUUUCUGAUCCGGUUUUGAAUAAUAGUACCCCCAAACAGCAGAAGCAGUCACCGGAGUUCUUGGAAAAUCUCGAGACCAAGAAAAUUGUGUUGAUACAUGGCGAAGGAUUCGGGGCAUGGUGUUGGUACAAAACUAUCGCUCUGUUAGAGGAAUCGGGAAUGAUUCCCACCGCGUUAGAUCUUACUGGAUCCGGCAUCGAUUUGAAAGACACAAACCAUGUCACUACACUUGAGGAAUAUUCAAAACCGCUAAUCGAUUAUUUGCAAAACCUACCAGAAGAUGAUAAGGUAAUCUUAGUAGGACAUAGUAGUGGUGGUGCUUGUGUUUCUUACGCGUUGGAGCAUUUUCAACAAAAGAUUUCAAAAGCGAUAUUUUUAUGCGGCACUAUGGUAUCUGAUGGACAAAAGCCCUAUGAUGUGUUUGCUGAGCAGUUGGGAUCUGCGGAACUCUUUAUGAAGGAAUCAAAGUUUUUAAUACACGGAAACGGGAAAGACAAUCCUCCAACUGGAUUCAUGUUUGAAAAGCAACAAAUGCGUGGAUUAUAUUUCAAUCAAUCUCCCGCAAAGGAUAUAGCUCUAGCUAUGGUUUCCAUGAGGCCCAUCCCACUCGGGCCCAUAAUGCAAAACCUCUCAUUAUCCAAAGAAAAAUACGGAACGGGCCGAAGAUUCUACAUCCAAACACUAGAAGAUCACGCGCUGUCACCAGAUAUUCAAGAAAAACUCGUGAGAGAAAAUCCACCCGAAGGCGUUUUUAAGAUCAAAGGUAGCGAUCAUUGCCCGUUCUUCUCAAAACCGCAAUCAUUACACAAAAUUCUGCUUGAGAUUGCUCAAAUCGCGUAGCGAAAUGGACUUGGUUUGAAUCAAUACUUGCAAGGGUCAUAGAAAUUGAGAUGUUUUGUUUUUUAUAUUUUGAUUAUUAUGAAAUGUUUCUUUUUUGAGUUGUACAAGUUGUUUAUUUGUUCAUAGUUGCCUGUUACAAAGCACAUUGAUAUAGCAUCUCGGUUUCGUUAUAAUUAUUACACUUCAAGUA